AUGGUGGGUCUGGAGCAGCUUUCUGCCGUUUCUGUAUUUGAGGAUCGUUACAAGCCAAACAUUGAGCUGGAGGAAGCAAAGCAGCUGGUGAGGGAUGCCAUCACUGCAGGCAUCUUCUGUGAUCUGGGUUCUGGCAGUAAUGUAGACCUGUGUGUGAUCACAGAGAAAACUGUGGAUUAUCUAAGAGGAUAUGACCAGCCUGUUCAGAAAGGAUUGAGGGAGGGUACAUACAGAUACAAGCCAGGCACUACUGCUGUGCUCACAAAAACAGUGACUCCAUUAACACUGGAUGUUGUGGAUGAAUCUGUCCAAGUGAUGGACACAGAAUGAGACAUGAAGAACAUUUGUACACUCUUUGCUUCAGUCAUUGGA